AUGGUAUUGAAAAUUCAUUGCAAAUAUUCUUUUUUAAGAAGAUGGGCUUCAUCUGGUCCUCAUUCUACAAAACAUCCUCGAUGCCGUAUACCAAAGUCAAAACCAAUCCCAGAGGGAAUAUUAUUACAAACAGAAUCAAAUUCAUCUCUUUUUUAUAAUCCUCCAGCAUCUCCUCCUGAUUAUAGAGUAACGCCUUAUUCUUUUCUUCCAGACACAGUUAAAAAGUUAAAUGAAAAGCCUGUUUUUCAUGGAACAUUACCACCACCAUUAUCGCCGAUUAAGCAAAAAAAGUAUCAUUUAAUUGAUGAAGAUAUAAAGCAAAUAAAAAUAUUAAGAGAAAAUGGAAUGAGUCGUUCUAAUAUAGCAAAAAAAUUUAAUGCAUCACGGUUUUUUGUUGGAAUGGUUGCUCCAUUAAGUAAAGAAAAAGUAGAUGAGAUUAAACGAAAGCAUCAAGAAAUUAAGGAACAAUGGAGUGAUCGUAAAAAAGAAAUAAUGAUGAACCGAAUGAAAAGAAGAAAGCUGUGGGGAAAAGAGUAUUAG